AGUGACAUUUUCGCGCUGUCAUUCUUUGAAAUUUUUGAGUCACUUUCAAUCAAAACAACGAAAUUCGUAAAGCUAAAAGUUAUUUAAAUUUAAAUUUUUAAGGUUCAUUUGUUCCAUCACUCAACGUGUUUCAUUAAUCGUGCCCCUUCACCCGAACUCAGGAAGUAGAUAUGGCAGGUUACUUUGAAGAAAUGGGCUGGAGAGAACUAGAAGAAGGAGAGGCACCAAAUCACUUGCUGCAUAUGGCAAGAUUCCUAGUAGACUUUGGUUUAUAUGAAGACAACUUUACUGGAGAGUGGCCGAGACUACCUCCACCAGCUGCAAAGGAAGCUGUUGACAACCUGCCAGAAAUUACUAUUGAUGAUUCUGGGAAGGAUUGUCCAAUAUGCUUAAAGAAGUUUAAUCCUGGAGAGAAGGCUAAACAAAUGCCAUGUAAACAUAUUUUCCACAGCACUUGCAUUCUGACCUGGUUAGCCAAAACAAAUUCAUGUCCAUUUUGCCGAUUUGAGCUUCCUACAGACAACAAUGGAUAUGAAGCAUUUAAAAAGGAAAAGAAGAGAGCAGAGCAGCGGAAAGAAGACCUAGAUACUCUUCAUAAUUCAAUGUUUAGUUGAUUUCAUCAUAAAGUAAUAAGCAGGUAACUUAAAAAUAUCCAUUAAAGCAUGUUCUAUUACAAAUUGCCUAAUGGCUCUAUUGAGUAUCAGACACAAUACCAAUUUAUAAAGGAUAUUAAUAAUAGCUAAAUAUUUUUUUCUUUCCAUCAAUUUAAUCAAUUUAAAAUAUACAUUCCCACUAUUGCUAAAUGAUGGGUUAAAAUUAUACAGUUUGGGACAUAAAAUAUGUUGGUGUCUUUAUUAGAUUAAUUUUAUUCUUA